GCCGCGGCGCCCCAGGCCGCGAGCCCAGCCGACUCGCGGCGGGAGCCGUUCCCCGACGGCAGCCGGGCGCUCGGCCGCCGUGUCUGGGCUGAGCGCCGCGACGCCGCGCCGGAAACCCUCCCGGGUCUUGAGGCGUAUGGAACCUCAAGGUCUUUAUGACAAUGGAAACCAAAAAAUUGAUUGGCAAACCGCUUCAACCAGCAAGACCUGUUCGUCAUCUCUCUUCUUCUCCAGGACCAGUAUUCCCUUUUAACUUUCAGAAUGAAUAUCCAUGUAACACUCAGUGCUUACAAAGUGGAGUUGGCCGAUGUAAGACGAAUGGAAUGCAAGCCUUUUCUCAAGGUCUUAAUGAGCAACAGCAACACCAGUCUCCAGUUAAAAAAGAGAGAAUUAAAUACAGCAGAGAUUUCUUGUUGAAGCUUUCAAGUGUUUCCAUCUGCAGAAAAAAACCAGACUUUCUGCCUGAUCAUCCCAUUGUACUUCAAAAACCAGAAAACAACCAAAGUUAUAAGUAGCAUUUUAAGAACAGAUGAAUUUGAAGAUAAAGAAUUAUUCAUUUUAUAUUUUGGACACCUGCAAAUGAAGUGGACCUAGUAACAAUAACUAAUGGACUGUGACGAUUCAAUUUAUUUUUACUUUUUAUGGUUGGCUAUUUGGCUUCUCAUAAAAUGAGAAAGAGAUAUUUUAAACUAUAAAGAAUUUUUCUAAUCAGUUUCAGCUUUGCAGGCAGUUCCUGCAAAAAUUGGGAAGUAACACUCAAAAGUGGGGAUGUUGUUGGCGAAGUGGGAAGACUGUAUUAUAAUUUGCAUGCUACUUGCAAUUCUUGUUUUUCAUCACUUGUAAUAAUGGAAUGGAAAUGUAAGCUGUAAAGAUUCUCAAAUAUAAAGUAUUUGCUAUGAUGUA